AGAGCUCUUUGGCCCAGCGGGCCCGCGCUACCAAAGAUGUGGAACUUGUGGGUCCUGUCGCUGGCGGCGUGCGCGGCCGCAUCCACGGAGGAGCCAAUCGGAUGGCUGAUGCCAAAGGAGUUCCAGCCGGAAGGAGCCGAAGCCCCGGCGCCAAAGGUGCCGGAGGAGCGCUUGAGUGCCCCCGCGCCGGAGGGGGCGGAGAGCGAGGUGGCGGAGCAUCACGAGAUGAAGGCAGAGGAGCACGAAAAGGAGGGAGAGCACGAGCUAGAGGAGGAGUUGGAGCAUGAGGAGGAGCUGCCAGACGAUGUGACUUGGACCACCGCGUUGCUCCUCAUGGGCUUUCUGGUCAUCGGCGUGGGGCUGCUCUAUUUGGUGCAUUAUCCCGAUGAGGACAUCAGAAGAGCCAUGUGGGGCAUGGUGAACACCACGCUCUCCAUCUUUUGUGCCGCGACCUUCGACUUCUCAGUCUUCAGGUUUCUCCACUUCCAGGUGGUGCUGUCGCCCCCGCCCAGGGGCUUGGGGAUCAAGCACGAUCGCCCAGAGAUCAAGGCCACGGUUGGUUUUCUCUUUGCCGCCCUUGUGAGCGUCGUCUUGAACGUUCUCCUUUUCAAGAUCACCAACCAGCAGAUGCUCUUCGCCGUGCGCACCUUGGGUGGCCAUGUCUUUGCUUUUGCAGGCAUUUUGACCUUCGCCUUUCUGCAGGAAAGCGAAUGGUGCCGGGAUUCCGUUUGGAAGUGCGUGGGCGUAGCAGUGUUGGCGGCCCUGGUCAUGGUCCUUGCCUACCGCAUCUCUAUGGUGGUUGCCAAGGCGUAUAUAGGCGAAGAGAACUGGAAGGACCAUGACGUCAGAAUCCAGAGAGGCCAGGCCAAGGAGAUGCAGAUUGACGCCUCGGCGAUCACCGGGGGCUUUCUCCUGGUCCAAUGCCUCUGCUACUCCAUGAGCUUGGCAGAAGAGGACCAACACAAGUUCAUGCCGAUCCUUGAGGGCUAUCCCAGCGAGCACAUCGAGCAUACCACCUGGUACCUGGUGGGCACGGCAGUGGGCAUGCUGACCUUCUCAGCCGUUUGGUCCAUUUGCCUCAGAAAGCUGAAGGGGAAGAUGGGCGGCUUCAUGUUCGAGUACAUUGGCGUAAUGUCUGCCGUCACGGGAUGCUGGUGUCUGCAACGAGCCGGCCUGUAUCAGCUGUUCGAACACUUCGAAGACGGAUUGAACACCAAGCCGAUGGCCUCCAGCCGAGCGGUCAUCGUCAAUGCCUUCGUGAUGUCGGGUCUGGCAGUGGUUUGCGUGUGUUUGUUCGACAAAAUCGCUGACUGGGCGGAGCAUGGCAGCGACAGCAACAGGUCGCUGGCAAUGGAUCAGGAGGACCCCCAGGACGCGAUGUCGAUGGCGUCCUUCAUAAGCUUCCCAGGAGAUGCGGAAACGCUGUCCAAGGUGGGAGACGGCUUGAGGACCAUCAUCUCGGGUUUCGGUAUGCUGGUGGGUAUUUGCUGGGACAAGGCCUUUGAGACGGCCCACGAGACGGUGGCAGAGACGGUGCCACUCUUCCACAGCCAUCCGGUGAUCGGGACAGGACUGGUUGCUGCCGUUCUCAUCGUCUUUGUGGUGCCAGCGUGGUACUGGUAUAUCGUACCCAACGCCAUGAAGGCUGAAGAAGCUCACAAGGAGGAUAUCCUGCGCGAGAACAAGAGGGCUCGGGAGUCUCCCACGCUGACCGGGCUGUCCAGUGACGAGCAAGAGAGCCUCACCGUGGACUCCGACGAGAAAUCGCUGACAUGACCCGCUUGUCAGGGUUGCUCCUUCCGGUAAAAG